UUAAUGGAAGAAACAGCGCAUGCGCAGAAGAGGACGAGCGGGGCUAAAUGAGUUGAAAGUUUGUUUGACUUUUCACUUUGGGUCGUGUUUGUUAUUAUUCGACGAACCUGUUAAGGGUUUCGGUGGAUGUCGACACAUUUUUGACAAGAACCUUCUUUGAAAACGAGGUAAAACUGAUGACCACAAAAAUAACAGUCUAAAGAGUAAAAGGAGAGCGAGGGAUCCAGAAACACCCAGAAUGAAUCAUGAAGAUGCGGAGGAGCACACAGACCAGAUGGAGGCGAAUGAGCAAAGAGAAGAACUGAAUGAAGAGAAAGACAAACAAAGAACCAAAACAACACAUCUGCACAGCUGUCGUCAGUGUGGAAAGAGUUUCAGAAGAAAAGCCAACCUGAACAUGCACAGAAAGACUCACGCUGGAGAGAAACCGUACACCUGUACUGAAUGUGGAAAGAGUUUCUCACAGCUGGACAGUUAUAAACAGCACCAGAAAACACAUGAAGACAAGAGAGAUCAUGAGUGUUUGCAGUGUGGGAAGAGCUUUACUAGAGCUGGUAGUCUGAAACGACACCACAUGAUUCACACCGGAGAAAAACCUCACAAGUGCUCAUAUUGUGAGAAGAGUUUCAGUGUACCGGAACACUUGAGAGUACAUGAGCGAAUUCACACUGGAGAAAAGCCGUAUUGCUGUACUCAGUGUGGUCAUGAUUUUAGCUCAUCGUCAAGUCUGAAAAUACACAUGAGAAUUCACACGAAUGAGAAGCCUUAUGCAUGUCUGUUCUGUGAAAAGAGAUUUUCACGUCUGGAUGAACAAAAAAUGCACCAGAAAACACACACUGACGAGAGAGAUCAUGUGUGUUUGGACUGUGGGAAGAGCUUUAUUAGAGCUGGCAGUCUGAAAAUCCACCAAAUGAUUCACACUGGAGAAAAACCUCACAAGUGCUCAUAUUGUGAGAAGAGUUUCAGACAGUCUAGAGACUUGAAAAGACACGAGCGAAUUCACACUGGAGAAAAACCUCUCAAGUGCUCAUAUUGUGAGAAGAGUUUCAGUCUACCGGGACACUUGAGAAGACAUGAGCGAAUUCACACUGGAGAGAAGCCGUUUACCUGUACUCAGUGUGGUCAUGAUUUUAGCUCAUCGUCAAGUCUGAAAAUACACAUGAGAAUUCACACGAAUGAGAAGCCUUAUGCAUGUCUGUUCUGUGAAAAGAGAUUUUCACGUCUGGAUGAACAAAAACUGCACCAGAAAACACACACUGACGAGAGAGAUCAUGUGUGUUUGGAGUGUGGGAAGAGUUUUACUAGAGCUGGCCAUCUGAAACGGCACCAAAUGAUUCACACUGGAGAAAAACCUCACAAGUGCUCAUAUUGUGAGAAGAGUUUCAGUCAGUCUUCAGAGCUGAAAAGACACGAGCGAAUUCACACUGGAGAGAAGCCGUAUUACUGUCCUCCAUGUCAGAAGAGGUUUAGAUGGUCAAAAAGUCUUCUCAGACACAUGAGGAAAUGUAAGUGGUCUCAAUAUAGAGGUUUACAACAGUUAUGGAUACAUUUGCGGCAGCAACAUAACAGCGUACAUCAUGUUUUCCAAAUCGACAUGUGGCCCAGUGAUCACAGCAAGAAAUCUGCAGUAAAUUCUGAAGGUAUUUCCAUCAUGAAGAUUAGAGGAGCGUCUAAACACACAGGAGAUCAUUCAGAUCAGAUGGAGGAGAAUGAGCAAAGAGAAGAACUGAAUGAAGAGGACGAGAAAUGCGACUUCGAGACUCAAGGAGCAGAAACUAAACAUCUGCACAGCUGUCCUCAGUGUGGAAAGAGUUUCGCAAGCAAAGGAAACCUGAACAUGCACAUAAAGACUCACUCUGGAAAGAAACCCUACAUCUGCACUGAAUGUGGAAAGAGUUUCACACGACUGGAUAAUUGUAAACAGCACCAGAAAACACACAAUGAAGUGAGAGAUCAUGUGUGUUUGGAGUGCGGGAAGAGAUUUAAUCAAGCUGGCAAUCUGAAAAGACACCAAAGGAUUCACACUGGAGAGAAACCCUACAAGUGCUCAUAUUGUGAGAAGAGUUUCAGUCAUUCGGGACACUUGAAAUCACACGAGCGAGUUCACACUGGAGAAAAGCCGUAUCACUGCACUCAGUGUGGAAAGAGCUUCAGAUGUAGUUCUGGUCUCAGGUUACAUCUAAAUGUUCACACCGGAGAAAAACCAUACAAGUGCUCGUAUUGUGAGAAAAGUUUUGCUUGGUCUGUAAACCUGAAAUCACACGAGCGCGUUCACACCGGAGAGAAGCCGUAUUACUGUCCUCCAUGCCAGAAGAGUUUCAGAUGGUCACAAAAUCUUUUCAAACACAUGAAGAAAUUGAAUCACAGCCUUUCCUACAUGCUGAAAAUAUCCCAUCAUAAAGGCUAGUAGAGCAUCUAAACAAGCAGGAGAUC